AUGCAGCUCAUCGAUAUUUUUCGUAUCAUCAUCGGACGCGACCCGCCCGUCGAUAUGCCUCCAAUGAAGGUGAAGUUGAAGCCUGGGGCAAUUCCAGUCAAGUGUAAAGCUUGUCGCUACUCGCCGGUGCACCGUGCAUUUCUCAAGAAGCACAUCGACGCACUGAUGGCAUCGGGGUCGUGCUACCGAAACCCGCAGAGCAGGUGGUGCUCGCCGCCCCAGUUGUGA